GCAUGCGUAUAAAAGCGACGUGUGCGCACCCUUCAGUGUUCACAGCAGGUCAGACCCCGACGUACCUACACAAAAUGAAGGUGUUGAUUUUGGCUGCUAUCCUGGCGGUGUGCAGAGGAGCGGCCGGCAUCGUGCCCGUGGCCGCCCCUCUAGCGUACGCCCGGCCCUAUGGACUCGGUCUACAUGCGCCCUUAGCGGCACCCCUGGUAGCACGGCCGGCUUUUGCCUCGCCGUAUGCUGUGGCCCCAGCUAUCGCCAAAGUAGCCGCUCCGGUAGAGGAUUACGAUCCAAACCCUCAGUAUUCUUACGCGUAUGACAUUCAGGAUGCAUUAACAGGUGAUUCAAAGAGCCAGCAAGAAUCUCGUUCCGGCGACGUCGUUCAAGGCUCGUACUCGCUGGUGGAGCCUGACGGUACCCGUCGCGUGGUGGAAUACACCGCCGACCCUCAGAACGGCUUCAACGCUGUAGUUCACAAGGAGCCCCUCGGAGGGGUGGUCAAAGCGGUGGCGCCUGUGGCCGCAGCCCCUGCCUACAUUCACUAG